AUCAAACUCCCGCACUGAUCAAACUCCCUACUUACAAUGGCACUGGAACUGGCUACGUUGCGCUUAAUCAACUCCCAUUUACAUGUUCACGACUACCUAGCGACCAUGGAACAACAUUGGAAAGCACUCUAGUUAUGAUGAUUGGAAAGACAACAACAUCGGCUGCCGAAGGAUGACUCCGGAAUUUGCGCCGCUUUACAAUAUUAAGCCCCCCAACGUUUGCCCAUAAUGAGACCGCACCUCCCCCUUUUGUUUAUCGGCUCAAGAGCCCUGGCUUACACCCCGCUAUCCGACCGCUCCCUCCUCCACCACCUCCCUUCCUCUGUCUCCAUCUCUUCCCCAGACCCGGAUUUUGACCCGAAACACGGCACCCUCCUCUCCCCAAUCCUCGUCCCCCGCGUUCCGGGGACGCCGGGUCACGCCUCGGUCCAGCACCAUUUCAUAUCCUUCGUCCGGAACAACUUACACCCGAGCUGGACCCUCGAAUGGCACAAUUUCACCUCGACCACCCCAGCGACAGGCGACCGGCAGGUGCCGUUUGCAAAUCUCAUUCUGAGGCGGGAUCCGCCAUGGCUUGCUGCUGCUGAAAGCGGGGAGGGAAAGGGCCCGGCAGGGAGAGGAGGGGGAGGCAACGUGGCAAGACUGACGCUGGCCGCGCACUACGACAGCCUGUACCGGCCCGAGGGCUUCGUCGGCGCCGUGGACAGCGCGGUGCCCUGCGCGGUCCUGAUGGCUGUGCUGAAGGGUGUGGAUGCGGGGCUGACUCGGCGGUGGGAGGCGAACGGGGAAGGGGAUGGGAUGGAAGAGGAAAAGGGGGUGCAGGUGCUGUUCCUGGAUGGGGAGGAGGCAUGGGUGGAGUGGAGCGAGACGGAUAGUCUGUACGGCGCGAGGGCGCUGGCCGAGGCGUGGCAAGAUACGCGGUACGAAGCUGGGAGCGCAUUUUCGACGCCUCUGGAAGCCAUCAGUCUAUUUGUGCUGCUGGACUUGCUAGGAGCGCCCGAGCCAAACAUUCCCUCAUACUUCCCCAAGACGCACUGGGCAUAUAAGAACCUGGCAAAGAUCGAGGAGAGGCUAAGGAAGCUGGGCGCGCUCUGGACAAGGCCGAAGACGGCCUUUCUGGCAGAGAGCGGGAAUGACGCGUCACAGGUCUUUAGGGGGUACGUCCAGGACGACCACGUCCCAUUCAUGCAGCGCGGGGUGGAUGUGCUGCAUAUCAUUCCCACGCCGUUUCCGCCGGUAUGGCACACCAUGGAUGACGAUGGGGCACAUCUGGAUGUGCCAACCAUCAGGGAUUGGGCCAGCAUCAUGACGGCGUUUGUGGCUGAGUGGAUGGACUUGGAGGGCUAUCUUCCUGAGGUCAGGCAGGGGGCAUGGGAAGACGGCAGCAGGACUGGUGAGAAGGAGGAGCUAUAGGGGGCUCUUUCUGACUUGAUCGGCCAAGGUAAAUACAAAACACGCGAAUGAAAGGAAACGAAAAUAAGGGGGUGGUCAAGUAACCGGCACACUGCAAGAUCCGCCUCGAGCCAGACCAAUGGUUUAUUUGCAGGUCAACCCUUCGCAUGCUCCUCCAAUCUAGUGGCUUGCAGGACAUAAACAGGUUCCUGAACUCUGAGAGCAAAAGUGUCAGGGACUCAGAGCUUUCAAGCCCGCUAUUGA